AUGUAUCGUCAGAUUUUUAAAGAUAUAAGUUGCAUCAGUUUUAUUCUAACUCACUUUGUGCGUCUUUGGCUAUCCCUGUGCGUCUUUGGCUAUCCCUGUGCCUCUUUGGCUAUCCCUGUGCGUCUUUGGCUAACCUUGUGCGUCUUUGGCUAUCUCUGUGAGUCUUUGGCUAUCCCUGUGCGUCUUUGGCUAUCCCGAUGCGUCUUUGGAUAUCCCUGUGCCUCUUUGGCUAUCCCUGUGCGUCUUUGGAUAUCCCUGUGCCUCUUUGGCUAUCCCUGUGCGUCUUUGGAUAUCCCUGUGCCUCUUUGGCUAUCUCUGUGCGUCUUUGGCUAUCACUUAUAUUUCUAUCUUUUUCUAUCUUUAUCUAUCUAUCUAUCUAUCUAUCUUUUUUAUCUAUCUAUCUAUCUAUUUAUCAUCUAUCUAUUAUCUAAGUCUAUCUAUCUAUCUAUCUCACUCUAUUAUCAAUCUAUCUAUCUAUCUAAGUUUAUCUAUCUCAGUCUAUUAAGUCUAUCUAAGUCUAUUAUCUAUCUAUCUAUCUAUCUAUCUAUCUAUCUAAUCUAUUUAUCAUCUAUCUAUCUAUCUAUCUAUCUAUCUAUCUAUCUAUCUAUCUAUCUCAAUGUUGUGGAUUCCGGGAGAGCCCCACAACACUCAGUCUAUCUAUCUAUCUAUCUAUCUAUCUAUCUAUCUAUCUAUCUAUCUCAGUCUAUUUAUUAUCUAUCUAUCUAUUUAUCUAUCUUUUCAUAUGUGUCUGGAUAA